AUGAAUCCACUAUAUACGAAAUCUAAAUUUAAAACAACCGAAUUUGCUAAUAAUGAAAAUAAGGGGGUGAGAUUUAUAAACAAAUAUAAAACUAAUGUGAAUAAUACUUAUAGUAAAAAUAGUGAAACUUCACAGAGUACGCAAUUAACACAUAAAAAUGGAAUUAUGAAAAAUUCGAAUAUAAAAAAUAAAGGAACUAUUAAUUAUUCAUUUAAGUAUCCUCCUAAAAGUAAUUUAAAAAAUAAUAUGAAAAGUAAUUUAAAAGGAGAUACGAAAAAUAUAUCAAAUACUUAUCCAAAUAAAAUAGCUCCAUUUCACCUGAACAAGUCAGGUUAUAAUGAAUAUAAAAAUGAAGAAAAAAAAAAUGACUUGAUGAAUACAAGAAGGAGUAUUAUGGUCGAUAAUUUGAGAAAGCCACCUCUUGCUUCAUCUUCUAAUAGGUUAAUAUCUCAAAUGAAAAAGGAUCAAUUAUUUAACGGUAAAAAUGGUGAAGAUCCAAAUGUGAACGAUGAUGAACCUCUUACAAACAAGUAUAAAAAUAAAACUCAUAAUAAUAAUAGUAAUAAUAAUAAAAUUAGUAGUAGUAAUAAUAAGCUUCAUAAUAAUAAUAGUAAUAGUAGUAAUAUGAAAAAGUCUAACAUUUAUUACAAACCCCAAGACAAUAAUAAAAAUAAGUUCCCUAAUAAAUCAUAUAAUGUAUCCAAAAUUUUUUAUAGUAACCAAUAUGAUAAAGAUUGUGCUAUGAGCUCGGAACAGUUUGGCUAUACUUAUUCAUCUCCUGUUAAAAGAAAAUAUGAUGCCAUGGAUAAUUCUAGAAAUAUGGAUGACAAGGAUAAGAAUGAAAUGUCUUAUGGUAAGAAGAAGUUUGUAGGUAGAAAUUAUUACUUGGAUAAAAAUAUGAAUGAUGAGGAAUAUAGUAAUUGUGACAAGUUUGGAGAUAUGAAUAUGUCUUAUAAUGUAAAAGACACAACACAAAGGGAAAAUAAUAAUGAUAAUAGGAAUGAUAAUAGGAAUGAUAAUAGGAAUGAUAAUAGGAAUGAUAAUAGGAAUGAUAAUAGGAAUGAUAAUAGGAAUGAUAAUAGGAAUGAUAAUAGGAAUGAUAAUAGGAAUGAUAAUUGGAAUGAUAAUUGGAAUGAUAAAUGUAAUGAUGAUAAUAAGAUAAGUAAUAAUAUUAAUAACUUGAAGGUUAAUGUUAAUAAAGAUGGAGAUAUAUUAUUUCAUAGCCAGAAUAUUAAUAAAAAAGAAAUAAAUAAUAACCUUCCUUUUAAUAAAAGGGAUGAUGAAGAUAUUAUAUUAAAUAGAUCUUAUCCAAGGGUAAGUAUGAGUGUAAGGAAUGACACGUUUAAUUCAAAUUCACUUGGUAGAAAUUAUACAAAUUAUGAGCGUCUAAAACAUAGCAACAAUAAUAAUAAUAUGAAUAAUGUGAAUAUUGGUUACAACAAUGUCGGUUUUGGUAAUAAUAAAGAAGAAUCUGCUCUUCCAACGGAUACAUACAAUGAUAAAAACGAUAUGGUUAAUAAUAAUAUGAGUGUCAAGAAAAAAAUGAUGAUGACGAACUAUCCUUACCUUGAGAAGGGGAAGCUAUUGAAUGGUAAUAUGAAUAUAUAUAAAAAUGAGAAAAUUACGAAAUCGUAUAAGCCCACCCCUUUUAACAACGAAAAUAAUAAUAAUAAUAAUAAUAAUAAUAAUAAUAAUAAUAAUAUUAAUAUUAGUAGUAGUAGUAGUAGUAAAGUUUUAUAUAGUCAUCAUAGCUCCAUGGUAAGAAAUCAUCAUAACAAUGUGCCACAUUAUAUAAGCGAUACCAACAGUGAAAAAAUUGUGAUGAACCACAUAGAUAAUAUUAAUAAUAAAGAUGUUUUAAACACGUAUGGUAUUGAUUACUUAAGUGAAGAAAAUAAUAAUAAAAAUAGGAGGUCAAGUAUAUUUAAUGUAAACACAAAUAUUAAUAGGAACAAUUUAAAAAAGAAAGAUAUAACAAAUGUUUCGAAUGUAUCAAAUAUGUCUAUAUUGUCUAAUAGGUCCAAGAAAAAGUUUAGUUGUUUAGUAAAAAAUGAUUUGGAAAGUGAAAAAGGAAGAGGUCGUUCAAGCGUUUUGUUAUUGUCCUCUGAAAAAAAAGGAGGUUAUGGAAUAAAUAAUAUGAUGAUAAAUUCUGAAGGUAUGGAUUUUAAGAACGUAUCAAAUGCAAUAAAUUUUUAUAGUACAAAUGAUGAUAUGGGAAAUUAUAAUAAUGAUGAUAAUAAUAAUGAUGAUGAUGAUAAUAAUAAUAAUGAUGAUGAUAAGAAUAACAAUGGUGAGGAUGAGAAUAACAAUGGUGAGGAUAAGCAUAACAUUGAUGAGGAUAAACAUAACAAUGGUGAGGAUAAGGAUCUAAAUAAGAGUAGGUAUAACAUAGAUAAAAAUCAAUAUAGUGAUAAUUAUUAUGACGAAUCGUAUUUUAAUAAUUAUGUAGAAUCCGAUUUUCAAAGAAGGCAAAUGAUGGAAAAGGGUGGUACUUAUUUUUUUAAUAACAUUUAUAAUAAUGAUAUGAAUAAUAUGACACAUAAAAAUGAACACUUACACGAACACUUACACGAACACUUACACAAAUCUAUAUUAAUAAAAAAGAAAUAUAAUAUAGAUAAUUAUAAAAAGAAUGACAGUGAAUAUCUAUAUUUUCAAAAUAUGAUUCGUAAUAUAACAAAAUAUAAUAAUGAAGAAAAUGAUAUGAAUAAUUUAUAUGAAAAUGUUAUGAACCUUAAUGAUUAUUGUUUAAAUUUUACAAGUGAAAAUGAGUAUAUAAAUGAAAUAUUAAACUUAUCGAAUGAAGUGAAUAAUAAUAUACAAGAUAUUCAACAAAUUCUUUAUAAUAAAAAGAAAGUCGUUCAAGAUAAACGACAUAUGGUUAAUAAAGAAUAUGAACUUACAUGCCAAAAAUUAAAAGAAUGUGAAUCUAUUUUUUGUGAUUCCAAUGAUGAACAUGGAGAAAAAAAACUAAAGGUAUUUUAUGAAAUUGAUGAAAAAAAAAAUUUAUUGAAAAAUACUUAUGAGGUAAAAAAAAUGUUAUUGAACAAGGUACAGUAUAAAAUAGACAAGUUGCAAGAAUAUACUAACGCGGUCAAGUUAAAGACGAUGGUUAUGUCCAAGAGAUACAAGAAAACAUUCCUACUUAUUGAAGAACUGUUCAGGUUGAAAAUAAUAAAGGACAACGAGAAUCAGCUAGAAGUUUGUUUAAUCCCCAAAAAUACCGAAACAGAUAUGUGGCACAGAUUCCAGUUGGACAAGAGUGAAAUUACAUCAGAUGCAUGCGAUUACUUAUGGAAUCAAAUAGAAUCUUUUGUAGAUAAGGAUACAUUUAAUAAUUAUUUUUGA